GUUGAAAGCAAGUGGCAUCCAGAUGUACACCAGAAAAGUUGCAGACUUGUGGGAGCUGCACCGUGAAUAUCAUGUUGUUGUCAACUGUGCAGGCAUUGGAGCCCACCAGCUGGUGGGGGAUGAGAAGCUCUUCCCUGUCAGGGGACAAGUACUCAAGGUUCAUGCUCCUUGGGUGAAAAACUUCAUCCGGGAUGGGGAUGGCUUAACUUACAUCUACCCAGGGAUACACAGGGUGACCCUAGGGGGAACCAGGGAAAAGGAGAACUGGAGUCUCACCCCUGAUCCCAGCACUACUAAAGACAUCUUUGACAGAUGCUGCUCCUUUGAGCCCUCACUGCAGGGAGCUCAGGAUAUCAAGGUGAAGGUGGGCCUGAGGCCAUCCAGGCAGUGCGUGAGACUGCAGAGAGAGGUCUGGAGCCAAGGAGGAGUUAAGCUCCCGGUGGUCCACAACUAUGGGCAUGGGGCAGGUGGCUUUUCAGUGCACAGAGGCACAGCCAAAGAGGCUGCUCGCCUGGUGGGAGAGUGCAUUGUUGCCCUGCAAGGCUCCUCAUCGAAGGCCAAGCUUUGA